ACUUGUGAGACAGACGCUUCACCUCUCUUGACAUCAGACUUUGGUAUUUAAUAUAUGGUACUGGCAAGACUUUAUUCUCUACUGGCUGUUCUCUGAUCACGACCUAAACUCCCUAGAGCCUACUAUAUAUCUUUGGCCCUUAUCAAACCGCAGUCUAUAGUGCCCACGUGAGCAGAAAGAAGAAUAUGGGAUCACAAUCUUCGAGGCCGUCGUACGACGAUUACACCGAAAAGCAGGCUGUUGAGCGUAUGCGACAGCUGGCUCUCACUGCACCAGGAAGUAAGGGCAGCUAUGAGGCCGAAGGAAACGAAAAGCAGCGACCGAAAUAUGUCGCUGAUGAGGCUUCGGGCCUCUCAAUCAGCGAUGUUUGGAAGUGGCAAGAGAAGCUGAUGGACGACCCAAAGAACCGACUGGCGCUUUCAGCACUAAGUGCCGCGGACCCCAAGACGGUGCUCCAGAACCGCAACGUCCUCACCGAAAAUCAGCACAUCUUCAAUGUGAAGAUCCGAUUCGAAGGCGCACCGAUCACGAACCAGAACUCCUCGGGACGAUGCUGGAUCUUCGCCGCUACAAAUGUCUUCCGUGUGGCACUGAUGAAGCGCCACAACCUCGAGGCGUUCGAGUUGAGCCAGUCAUACCUCUUCUUCUGGGACAAGCUCGAGAAGGCCAACUGGUUCCUGGAGCAGAUCCUCGACACAGCCGAUGAGGAUGUUGAGGGUCGCCUUGUGCAGCAACUCUUACAGGCCCCGGUCAACGAUGGCGGACAGUGGGAUAUGAUCGUCAACCUCGUCAACAAGUACGGACUCGUCCCCCAAGUCCUCUACCCCGACAGCUUCAACGCCUCCCACUCCGGCACCAUCAACAACCUCCUAACCACCAAACUUCGCGAAAACGCCUUAACCCUCCGCUCCCUCGCCGCCACCUCCUCCUCCCUCUCCACCAUCCGCUCUGCCAAAGCCGAAAUGAUGCGCGAAGUCCAGCUCAUCCUGACCCUUACCCUCGGUCCACCCCCCUCCCCAUCCUCGGAAUUCACCUGGCAAUAUUUGGAUGCCAGCGGCGCCGCACAGACUCUCAGCACCACUCCUCUCGCCUUCGCCGCUGAGCUCUCCUCCACCCUCUCCAUCCGCACAAUCGGCGUCGACGUCAACUCCAUGUUCAGUCUCAUCAACGACCCGCGCAACGCGCCAAACACCCUCCUCACCGUCGCCCGCCUGGGUAACGUAGUCAGCGACACUUCACGCACAGUGACCUACGUCAACGUCGCCAUGCCCACCAUGAAAGCAGCCUGCAUCGCCAUGCUACGCGCCGACAUCCCCGUCUUCUUCGGUUGCGACGUCGGGCAAUCCUCGGAGCGUGCCCGCGGCGUCAUGGCUACGGGACUUGUUGAUUACGAGCUGGGCUUUAAUGUGAAGCUCGGCUUGACGAAGCGCGAUCGCAUUCUGGCGGGGGAGAGCAAGAUGACGCAUGCGAUGGUGUUGACGGCUGUGCAUCUUGAUGCUGAGGGGAAGAGCGUGAGGUGGCGCGUGCAGAAUUCGUGGGGGGAGGGGUCGGGGGAUAAAGGGUGGUUUGUUAUGAGUGAUGAGUGGAUGGAUGAGUUUACGUAUCAGGCGGUUGUGGAUCCGAGGUUUGUGAGUAAGGAGGUCAGGGAGGUGUUGAAGCAGGAUCCGAAAGUGUUGCCGCUUUGGGAUCCUAUGGGGGAGUUGGCUUGAGGUUCUGCUGGUGGUGACGUGGGAUUGGGGGGCUGGGGGGUUGGGGACGGAUGGAUUCUGGGACGACUUAUGAAUUGAUAUUCGGAGGGUGGGAUUUUGGGACAGGCCUGGAUAGGGAGCGUAGAUAUACUUAUAUACUUAUCAAUGACCACUUCCCGCACUGAACACGUUUGAUAGCACCAGUUUAUCCCCAGACCCCCAAGGAUUUCCCCUUCCCCCC